AGUGAAGGAGCUACCCAGCACGCUUGCGCGGCUGUCAUAGGGCUGCUUGGUUGGUCAGUGGGGAGUCGGCGCCUGCGUACUAAGACCCGUGUGCAGCAGCGGCGGCGGCGCUAGAGGCGGCGGCGGCGGCGGCAGCAGCGGGUUCGGAGGCAGCGGUUGGGCUCGCGGCGAGCGGACGGGGUCGAGUCAGUGCGUUCGCGCGAGUUGGAAUCGAAGCCUCUUAAAAUGGCAGAUGACUUGGACUUCGAGACAGGAGAUGCAGGGGCCUCAGCCACCUUCCCCAUGCAGUGCUCAGCAUUACGUAAGAAUGGUUUUGUGGUGCUCAAAGGCCGGCCAUGUAAGAUCGUCGAGAUGUCUACUUCGAAGACUGGCAAGCAUGGCCAUGCCAAGGUCCACCUGGUUGGUAUUGACAUUUUUACUGGGAAGAAAUACGAAGAUAUCUGCCCGUCAACUCACAAUAUGGAUGUCCCCAACAUCAAAAGGAAUGAUUUCCAGCUGAUUGGCAUCCAGGAUGGGUACCUAUCCCUGCUCCAGGACAGUGGGGAGGUACGAGAGGACCUUCGUCUGCCUGAGGGAGACCUUGGCAAGGAGAUUGAGCAGAAGUAUGACUGUGGAGAAGAGAUCCUGAUCACGGUGCUGUCUGCCAUGACAGAGGAGGCAGCUGUUGCAAUCAAGGCCAUGGCAAAAUAACUGGCUCCCAGGGUGGCGGUGGUGGCAGCAGUGAUCCUUGAGCCUACACAGGCCCUUCCCCCAGCUGGGUUCUGCUCUGGCUGGACCCUUGGCUGGACUCCUAUACAAUUUAUUUGACGUUUUAUUUUGGUUUUCCUCACCCCUUCAAAAAAACUGUCGGGGAGACCCUGCCCUUCACCUAGCUCCCUUGGCCAGGAAUGAGGGAGCCAUGGCCUUGGUGAAGCUACCUGCCUCUGCCCUCACAGCCCUGGUGGGGGAACUGGGGAAAGGUAUUGCUUGUGGUUUAGGUCCCCCCCCACCUCCCUUAUUUUCUUUUUAAUUCAACUUGGAAUCAGAAAGCUGUGGAUUCUGGCAAAUGGUCUUGUGUCCUUUAUCCCACUUACCCCUGGUCUGGUCCCCUGCUCUCCAUAGACCUUCACCCCCAAGCACCACUUGUACAGACUGGGGACCAGCCCCCUUCCCUGCCUGUGUCUCUUCCCCAAGCCCCUUUAGGGGUAAAGAGAAGAGUGGGGUGGGGAGCAGGCAUGAUCCCUCCUCAGGCAUCUGGGAGGGCCUUGCCCCCAUGGGCUUCACCCUUUCCUGCGGCUCUCCCUGACACAUUUGUUAAAAAUCAAACCUGAAUAAAACUACAAGUUUAAUAUGAA